AUGACCGAGGACAUGAGAAUGAGACACAUAAGCGAUUAUUGGAUGAUCAGCACACUGGUUUUUUUCAACAUUGCUGGAAAUUUUGGAAAUUUCAACCUUAUUUGGUUAACGGUUCGCCGAAAAGAACUUCGCUCUAAAGCAGGGAUUUUACUUGCUAUAAAUGCUGUAUUUCAAAGCGUAUGUCUGGUAUCAACUUUUAUUAAUGUCACAGUAAUCUUGAGUGGAAGUCGGAUUGCUCGAAAUGUUUGUUAUCCUCUUGUAAUGCCAUUUACAAUCGCUUCAUCUCUACAAACACCAAUGGCUUUGGUGAUUGCGAUCGACUUGCUUCUGGCUCUGAUAUCACCAUUAAAGUACCGCCAACAGGACACGUUAAAAUACAUAGUCGGCCUAUGUGCUCCAGGAAUGAUUUAUGCUCUAUUCAUAGGAUUUUAUGGAUUGAUAAAAAUGGAUAAUGAAAUGCUCGAUUUCUGCAAUGUUGACUUCACCGACGACAUACUUCCUUUCACGACAUUACUCCAUUGGAAUACACAAAUUCUCGACCUUCACAUGUAUGAUGGUCGAAUCAAUUUGUGGGAGACUCGAAGGGAGACUUUUGACAAGGGCAAAGGACUUCCUCCAACUGUCUCGGCAUUGUGGCUUCAGAGCAACGUGUUGUUGAAUAGCCUUGUUUUGCUAGUAUAUUUUGGUAUUUUCUUGGUACUCAGAUGUAAUUAUAAUGAAAUGGCAUACAGAGAACAUGGACGUGUUGUACGCCGUUUGGCAGUAAUCGUGAUUGUUUUUGUGUUUUCAUGGUUUAUGGCGAAUUUGGGUGAGUAUCAAAUGACUGCAUUUAUACUACCGAUGCUGACGGCAGUGUCGGCGUUGGCCAUUGAUCAAUAUUUAUCCGGUUGA